AUGGCCGGUCCGCUGACUGGGAAAGUUGCUCUCAUAACUGGCGGCCGCAAGGGCAUAGGCAAAGCUGUUGCCCUGCGCCUCGCUCAAGACCGCGCUGCAGUCGCCAUCAACUAUUCGUUCGACUCCAAGGCCGCAGAUGAAGUGGUCCAGCAGAUCGGCGACGACAAGGCGAUCUCUAUUCAAGGCAACGCAGCCCGUAUCCCGGAUAUCGAACGAAUCGUGCAAGAGACAGUGCAGAAGUUCGGCAAGAUCGAUAUCUUAAUGGCGAACGCAGGAGUGCUUCCGAUGAGGGAUCUGAUGAGCACGAGCGAGGCGGACUUUGAUCAGACGUUCGCGCUCAAUGUCAAAGGACCAUAUUUCCUCGCCCAAAAGGCGGUUCCUCACAUGCCUGAGGGCUCCCGCAUUAUCCUGGUGUCGACAUCGCCAUGCGCAUCGAGCACAGUGCCGCCGAACUCCAGGGAUCUCGGACGAAGGCGGAUCUUGGUCAACGCUCUCUCUCCCGGCCCCACUGGAACCGACCUGUUCUUGAAGGGGAAGAGUGAGCAGGUCAUCAAGGCACUCGCGUCGGGCAAUCCUUUUAAUAGGAUCGCCGAGCCUGAGGAUCAGGCUGAUGCCGCCGCUUUCCUGGCCGGUGAGGGGGCAGAUGGGUCUCUGGACAGGUUCUGAGGGUGAACGGUGGAAUGGCAUGAGCGAACGCAUGCUUCUUAGGGGGGUAACACUAGGAUUUACGAACAGUACAAUUCGAGUUCCCUGUUGAUACUACACGAUAGAGAACUUGAGGACAUUUCAACCAGAUUCCGAUCAU